UCCGGAUACUGGAGUGGAAACAGUUACAGGUGAUGUUUUGCUGCUGUAGGGGGGAUUAGAACCACGGUAAACGACUCACUCACAGCUGCUGCAAAGCCGUAAAGAGGAAGAAAAAGCACAGAGGAGAGAGAGGACUAACUUCUGAACAUGGAGAGAGGUUCUGCUGUUGACCAGGAGCUCUCUGCAGUUCUGAAUGAGUUGUGGAAGCUGGACGUGAAUCGAUUGAAGCCUGGUAAAGACUACACCAUCAAUCUACAGGGGAAAGCUGAUUAUGUGGCUCAGGGUAGUAACCGUGCUAAUGACAAAGCAAAUGCUCCUUUGUUCACAUAUGUUAACGAGGGCAAGCUCAAAAGUAUUCCCACUUAUGCUCGCUUCAUAAGCCUCUUGGAUAAUUAUGAGAUGUCCACAGGCGUGUCUGAGCAAGUGACGAGUCAGGAGCAGGAGGAGGAAAACCUCUUCCUUGAUGCCAUUCUGAAGACAGAGGUCAUGAAGCGUGCCCACCAGCACUUAGUCAGUAAAAAACAAGCCAGUGCUGAUGUUGCUCUGUUCAAAAAACAGCUUUUUGACAUCUGGUUCAAGCUCUAUCACAGAGACAAGAGUGGGGGUGAAGACUCCUGUGGAUUUGAGCAUGUAUUUGUUGGUGAGACCAAAUACAGGAAGGAGAUCAUGGGCCUUCAUAACUGGGUCCAGUUUUACCUGCAGGAGAAGCUGAAGUGUGUGGACUACAAGGGCUACAAGGCUACAGACAGAGACAAGCCGACUGCAAAUGACCACGUUGUGAACCUGCAGUUCAGCUGGAAGGAUCUGGUAAAGCCCACGGGCAGCUCCUUCAUCGGCGUCAGCCCUGAGUUUGAGAUGGCGCUCUUCACCAUCGCUUUCCUCAUGAGUAAUGACCGUCUUACCAAGACUGUGGUGAAGGUGGACAAGUACUUGAUAGAGAUUGUGAUGUGCCGCCAUGGACGUGCCAUCGGGACAUCCUACCCCAAACUGCUCACCAGAGAUCCAUAGAUCUUUAAGCAGAGCCAGUAGCUCAGGAAGUAGCCUUAAAAUCCUCACUACUAAUCAGUAGGUACUAAAGCAUAAUAUUAUCAUAAAAAAGGUCAGUAAUAUGAAUCAUUAUUCACUGUAGCUUCUCUAGUGUGGGAAAAAAAACACAUAUUCCUCUCUCAACUUCUGUAUUUUUUUCAACACAAUUCUGUUACAAAAAUGACUUUCAGUACAGUCAGUGUUUGCACAAUAAAGAAGUGGUUUUCCUACAUUUCCACUAAUGUAGCAAAAAACUUAUGUUUUUGGAAAAAAGAUAUCCGGGAUCUGUUUUGGCAGCCUAUAUAUUUGUUUACAGCUCACCUGAACUGACAUUAAACUAAUUAAAUUAAAUUAUUUUUUUUUAACAUUGUUUUUGGUUGUUUUUUAAUGGUUUCAAAGUUUCAAAUAAGAGACUGACCCCUUUACAAAUAUUGUCCAUGGAAUUGACUGAAUUUGUCUAUGGGUUAUUUGGUGUAUGAUGGCUGUGGCUUAUAUGUUCUUAAAAUUGUGUUCUCUAAUAAACUAUUAAAAAGA